AGCCGCUCCUCCCCGCCCGCCUCUUCAUUUCCCCUCCUCCCUCCCCUUUGCCCCGCCCUCUCGUCCGGCCGUUUCGUGGCCGUUUCCGUGGGUCCCAUCCACUUGUCCUCCCGUGCAAUUUACGAAAUUGCCCCUAUCAUCUUCGGGUGGUCCCCACACUCCACGACUUUCUCUUGCCCCCUCCCUUUUCUCCCUCCCUUUGUUUAUUCCCCAAUCGCUAUCGCCGAGCGAUUCCGUCUCGUCUCGUCUCGUCUCGCCGCUGCUCUGCUGGCGUGGCGGCACGGGGGCCGUCGAGAUGUCGAUCUGCGCGAGGGCGGAGCCGCCACGUGGCGGCGGGACGCUCGGCAAGCGGAAGGAGCGGGACCGCCCGUCGUCGGAGGAGCAGCGGGCGCCGCCACCGCCGCCGCCGCCGCUGUUCCCGGCGAUGUCCGCUAGGCCCCAGCCGCCCAGGCCGGCUCACCCCGCUCGGUUCGUCAAGCCCAUGCCACCGCCGCCGCCGCCAUUCCCCAAGGGUGGCGGCGGGAGCAGCUUCAAGCUCAUGGCGGGGUACCUGGCGCACGAGUUCCUCAGGUCCGGCACGCUCCUCGGUGAGCGGCCGGAGUCGAACAGCAAGGCCCCCGCCCCCGCGGCGAGCGCCGGGCCGGCGGCGCCCGAUCCCCGCACGCGGUACGCCGAGGCGUCGCUGCUGCUGAUGGCCGGCGGAGCCCGCGUCCCCGGCGUCGUCAACCCGACGCAGCUCGGCCACUGGCUCCGGAUAAAGGAGUAGAACCGCCGGGGCCGUGAGGCGCACGGUCGCCGUCGCGGCAUUGGCGGGGUGGGUCGCUUGCGGUGCCGCAUGCACGUCUCCCGAAGCGAUCGGAGCGAAAGAAGAGAAGAACGGAUGCUUCGGACAUGUGUAUACGUUUUCAAGGUUUGAUCUCAAAAUUCCGCGCUUCUUCAAGAUGAACUUUGGUUCAUACACGGUUUCUUCUGUACAAUCUCAAGCUCAAUUUGAAACGAGAACCGGAAACAUUUUCGCGUGAAACCAGCAGGAGCACCAAUAGCUAUUCUCAUUUCAGCAAGGUGUUGAUUCCUUGUGGCGAGACGAUUGCAAUCGCUGUACCCAAAGUUGGGCGAUAUCACAUUGGGCACCGUCCUUGCGAUCUGAUCAUAAUCAACAACCAUUCCACAUUAGUGACGACCGUUGCGCAGAAGUGGUUGGCCUCACUGCUGUGUCGACAGCGACGGAGAUACACGGGAGACGCGUACUACUGGACUAAGAGGUACAACACGCCAGGUGACUGACAGCUGCGGGCAACAACAAAAGAUAACCGAUUGGGGCAAAGGUAGGGAGGCAGGAAUUGGCGCCAUCAGAAUACAGUGGUUUUGGUGUGAUAUAAGUGCAACACUAGUGUUUAUCCAGAUGCAUUCCGUAGACACACAAAAAAUGAAAUAAAAUAUAAGUGUCACAGGGGCGAAGUGUCCACCUAAAUAUGCAUUACUUUGAAUGUGCUUACACACCUAAAUAUUCAGAUGCGCUUACACAGGACGAUAGAAACACAAAGAGCCCCUGAAGAUAACACAGGGGAUCAUCAUAUCCCAAAUAGAAGAGAAGAGGUAUGUGACAUUAUUUCACCAACAGAAACACACUGCCAAAUGCCAAGCACAAACUAAUGCUAGCAUCCUAGGUCAUAUCUUUGCUGAUGUUGCACCGAAGAAAAGUGGAAAUCAAGGCUGAAGCCAUUCACAUCAGAGCUACCGGACACGAAGACAUCCACUUAACGGACAUACAUGAAGCACCGAAAAUGAAAGUUGCCGGAGGGCCUUGUACCACACAAUCAUGCUGACUUGAUUUCCGACGUUCAACGGUUGUGGUCGUCGAAGGCCACCGGCAUCGAUGCCCUUUGAGGGAAGGAAGCCAAAGGGGAGAGCACCCACCGAAGAUUUUUGCCAUGGCCUCCCACAUCAAGCCAUCAAGUGUUAGGUUUUAUUAAGUUGCAAGUAAGUUCAACACUCUCCAAUGUUCUUUGGGGAAGGAAGCCCAAAGGAGAGAGAGCCAACGAAAAUUGUGGCCAAAGACAUCCAAGCAAAAAUGAUUAAGACGAAGCAGGGAACUAGCAAACAUCAACGACGACGACGACAGCAGGGAAGGAAGACCAAGGUGAGUAGCUGGUGAAGCUCAGGCAUGCACAAAGAGAAGAUGAAGGGAACACGGAUGCUGUCCUCACUCCUUAGCAACAAUGGAGCCAUUGGUGGUCACCAUUAGCCAUGAUACUUGCAACAGAACCUAUGACCAAAAUCCGUCUAAAAUGGGAAGAAUCGAAGGGAAAUGAGUUAUCCGGGUUAGCCCGUGGUGUUAAGGCCUCGUCCAGGUUCGUUGUAAGCUCUAGAUACCGAGGGACAGUAGACAUUGGCGUUAGAUCUAGGUGUGUCUUGAGCUCUCCUUUGCAGGAAGGAAGAAUCAAUUAUUGAUGAUGAGAAGGGCAUCGAAGAGGAAAAGGAAGAAGGCCACCUCAACUAGACAAUCAACGGUUACCAAUAGAUGAAGAAAGUUGCCAAAUCUAAGGAAAAGGAGGGAAACCACAGGAAAAGGAAGAAGAAUGUGAGGAAUGUCAUUGAGUCAAGGUGGUGGCACCGGCCGCGGUGGCCGAUGAUGCAGUGGGGAUGUGGGUGCGUCUCCUCCUGGGUCGCUCGAAGAGAGCAACACGAAUAUCAAGUCUUCAAGUCCCUCUGUAUGGAAAUGUCCCUAGACAAAUUUUACAUCAUUGGCAGGAAAAUUUGGCUAACUUUUGUCAA